UGCUAGCUGAAGAAGUCCUGUGUAACUAGCUUUGCUAACUCAUGCAAUGACAACUUGGGUUACUUUUUUUGAGUACAGCUUCGUUUUUUCAUAGACACCGGGAUCUAGAAUGGAAACAAGAAUUCGUGUGUGAAGGUCGUUGUUUUCUAUACCAAGAGGACGCGAUAGGACAGCUAUCUCGGUGAACUAGCCAGUGAGCUAGCGCGGCUAACCGUUACAUACUCACACUGCCUGCCAUCACCACCAGCAGAACAGACACCAACCCAAGUCCAAGUCGGCGUUUUGACGUUGGAAAUAUCUAGCAUUAUCAUGGAGAAGGCGGAUUUCUUGAAAGGACUUCCUGUCUACAAUAAGAGCAACUUCAGCAGGUUCCAUGCAGACUCUGUUUGUAAAGCAUCUAAUCGGAGGCCCUCUGUGUACCUUCCAACACGUGAAUACCCCUCUGAACAGAUUAUUGUAACAGAGAAAACCAACAUCCUCCUGCGUUACCUCCAUCAGCAGUGGGACAAAAAGAAUGCAGCAAAGAAAAGGGAACAGGAGCAAGGUGAGGGUGACAGCCCCGCACCCCCAAGGAAGAUCGCCAGGACAGAUAGCCAAGAGAUGAAUGAGGACUCAUAAUUGUUUGUGUGUGUGUGUGUGUGUGUGUGUGUGUGCGAAUGUGUGCGGGUAUAGCCAAUAUAAACUAACAAAGGCAAAGGAUAAUCCCACCUGAAUAAACACUUCUGGCCAUUCUGCUCUCUGGCAGGACAGGAUGCCUGUCCUGGCAUGAAAUUAAGAGUCACCCAUAGGGAAGUAGGGAAAUUCCUGUCAAUAAAGCAGCCAUUUAUGGUGUUAAAGAUCGUGUGUGUGAAAAUCAUGAAACCAGAAAAGAUCUCAGAGUCGCUGUUAGUCACUUACACUGUCCGAACUGAGCCGUUGAUGGGGAGGGGACUUUAUACCCGUGUUUCUUUUAUUUAUGUUGGCUAUUCCCUGUGUGGGUUAGUAAACGCGUAUAUGUUUGUAUGCAUGCUGAGCCGUGAGUGAGUGUUGUGUGUUGUGCUGUGCUGUAUGUGUGAGGUGAGUGAAGAGUUGAAAAGUGUCAGAGUAGAUCAGAGGUGGUCUUGACAGAUGAAGUCAGACACUACCCUUAAAAACAGUCUCAUAACUGAUACAUGACUUGUAGCCUUCUGUCACCUGGAGAGACUGCCCUGAUUUGUGCAAAGAAAUUGUUUUGUUACUGUUUUAAUUUUAUUAUAUCUGUUGUUGUUCAUGUAUGGCAAUGAGCUUCCUGCCAGCCACAGUGCCCACCCUCUCAGUUUCACUGCCCACUCUGCAGCCACAUGGGGGCACUGCGACAUUUCUCCACACUGUUUUAAUCAACAGAACCAAGAAUGCACUGUGAAGAACAGCACAAAGUAGAAGCAACUCUUCCAGAAUCCCCUUAGAUGUGUGUUUAUGGUGAAUAUACAUAUCUUCAUUCUAUUCUGGGACUUGUGCUUGUCGGAUAAAUAUUGUGUUGGUGUUUCUGAGAAAUAUUUUUACACCUAGCACCACCUUCUGGCUAAUCGAGGCUAGUAAAAAUGGCAUUUCAUCUGAGUUUUAGCUGUUCUUUCAUCAAAGGACGUCGAAGUAAAAGAAGGAAAACGUGAUGUAAAAUGUGAUGCUGGAUUUCAGUUGCACAACAAGGUAACAGCACAGAUAGUGAAGUAAAAUAUGUAUAGUAAUAUCUGGAAAAGGGAAAAAGAAUACAUGAUGAUGUGUGUAAAUAUUUGCCAGUACCACAAUAAGUUUAUCCAAUGUAUCUUUGUGUCUGCCUUUUUGUAAAACAAUACAUGGAUGCGAUAGGAAAUGACCCAUGUAAGUAAAGAGCCCCUGUGCCCAGUGGAUGUUACCUUGCCUUGCAUGUUGAUGGCUGGGUAUUAUAUUCCUGGAGCAGUAAUAAAACCUGAGGGAUGCUGGAGUCGUGGUGUUAUCGUGUGUGACUGUGGAAGGUAUUAGCCUAUAGGCCUUACAAAAUGUCAUCAUAUUAGGACCCUUGUGCUCCCCCAGCUCAGGGCCUGGGGUAGCUGUGCUGUCUGCCCUGUGCUGAUGACAGCCCUGGAUGGUUUUGGUGUGAGAGCUGGCGUAGGUGAACAUGGGGGGCUUAAAGGGGUGUUACAUUUUCAGCCAUAGAAUGCACAAUAAGCAUGCACAGCAAAGUGCAGUUGCCAUCCUGCCUUGUUCCUGGGAUUCAGUUUGUAUUGGUGUCCUAUGCUGUACAACACUGAAUAAAGCUUCUUUUUUUUUCUCAAUGUUUGUAUCACUGCCCAGCAGUCACAUCGCAGCCUCCUGUCCUUUUUUUUAAUCGAUGCUGCAAUGUGGGUUGACAGUGUGGUCAGUUAUCUCCCUACCUACAGUGUAAAUACCGUCUGUUUCUGAGGCGUAAAAUCACAUUAUGCUUCUGCUCAGAUAGACUGUUCUACAUCACCCUAAGCCUUGCCCCAUUUCGUGUGUUAGGUCGGACAUGUUCUUUAUAGC